UUCACCCACAGCAAAAGAGAGAAGAAAUAUGAAUGAGAGCCAAAACCCAAACCCACAUAGACAUAGUCACAGUCACAGUCACAGAGCAGGAGGGGAGAGGAGAAAUUGAAAUCGAAAGAAAAGUGAAAAUUCCUUUGAACUGCAUGCAGAAAAGCGCAAGACUUCAACAGUCUCUACUAAAACCCCUUUCGCAUUCUUUCUCUCCCCCCCUCUUUCUUUCUCUCUCUAGCCUUAAAACUUCAAGAAUUGGCGGACCAAUUGCCUGAAAAGGGUUUUGAUUUUUUCUCGUCAGGCGCUUUAAAUUUGGAGUCGCAUUUCGAAGAGGGCUUCUUGUGUUUGCUGGGUUUUAGUCGCAUUUCGCUGUUACGGGAAUAGGUGCUAAAAGUUGGACUGGAGAAGUUGGCUUCUGACAUGCUGAGGUGUUGAAGGAAAUGGAAGACUCUUCAGCACCCACAACUUUCGAGGCGAAAAUAAAAGGAAUAAGAUUUGGUUUGGCAACUCGUCAAGAAAUUUGCAAAGCCUCGAUUAGUGACUGCCCUAUCAGCCAUGCUAGUCAACUUUCCAACCCUUUUCUUGGCCUGCCUCUUGAAACUGGCAAAUGUGAAUCCUGCGGGACGGGUGAGGCUGGGCAAUGUGAAGGCCAUUUUGGAUAUAUUGAAUUACCAACUCCAAUAUACCACCCUGAUCAUGUUGGCGAGCUGAAAAGAAUGUUGAGUUUGUUGUGCUUGAAGUGUUUGAAGUUUAAAAAUAGGAAGGUAUUGUAUCUGAUGACAUACUUUGUUUUAGGUUUACUCAUGCAGGAGACUUCACAAAUCUCAAUCAAUGAAGCCAAGACUUCUGAUGGGGCUUACUAUUUGGAGUUGAAAGUACCAUCAAGAUCAAGACUUCAAGAAGGGUUCUGGUAUUUCUUGGAAAAAUACGGAUUUCGUUACGGAGAUAUGUAUUCUCGACCGCUACUUCCUUCUGAGGUGAUGGCAAUAUUGAGAAAAAUCCCCCAGGAGACCAAAAGAAAGCUUUCCGCUAAAGGUUACUUCCCUCAAGAUGGAUAUAUCCUCCAGCACUUACCAGUUCCUCCAAACUGUUUGUCCGUGCCUGAUAUUUCUGAUGGAAUCAGUACAAUGUCUACGGAUUAUUCUAUAACAUUGCUUAAGAAGGUGUUGAGACAAGUAGAAAUCAUAAAAAAUUCAAGGUCUGGGAAGCCAAAUUUCGAAUCUCACGAGAUUGAAGCUAAUGAUUUACAAGCAGCUGUGGCACAGUAUCUUCAAUUUAGGGGCACCGGCAAGGCAUCUCGUGAUGUGGAUACUCGCUUUGGGGUCAAUAAAGAAAUAAAUGCAUCCUCUACCAAAGCCUGGCUGGAGAAGAUGAAAACUCUAUUUAUAAGGAAGGGGUCUGGAUUUUCUUCACGCAGCGUGAUAACAGGCGAUCCCUUUAAAGGAGUAUCUGAGAUUGGCUUGCCAUUUGAAAUAGCCCAAAAGAUUACAUUUGAGGAACGCGUAAAUCAGCACAACAUGCAGUUUUUACAGAAGCUAGUGGAUGAAAAGCUCUGCUUGACGUACAGGGAUGGGCUGUCCACAUAUUCACUGAGGGAAGGUUCAAAAGGCCAUACAUUUCUGAGGCCCGGUCAGGUUGUGCAUCGAAGGAUAAUGGAUGGGGAUAUUGUGUUCAUCAAUAGACCACCAACUACACACAAACAUUCCCUACAAGCCUUGUCAGUAUACGUUCAUGACGAUCAUACAGUUAAGAUCAAUCCCCUUAUUUGUGGGCCGCUUAGUGCUGAUUUUGAUGGGGAUUGUAUCCAUUUGUUCUAUCCACAGUCUCUUGAAGCUAAAGCAGAGGUUGUGGAGCUUUUCUCAGUGGAGAAACAACUACUUAGCUCCCAUACUGGGAACUUUAACUUGCAGCUGGCAACUGACUCUCUUCUGUCACUCAAAAUCCUUCUCAGAAAUUAUUUCUUGAACAGAGCAGCAGCACAGCAACUGGCUAUGUUUGUGCCCAGCGUGCUGCCCAAACCUGCAGUGGUGAAGUCUGACAGUGGCCCUCUUUGGACUGCGUCGCAGAUCUUGCAGACAACUUUACCUUCUUCCUUUGAUUGUUCUGGGGAGAGACAUAUAAUUUCCAAAAGUGAGAUACUAAGCCUAGAAUUUAACAGGGAUGUGAUGGCAUCCAUUCUCAAUGACAUAGUCACCUCGCUUUUCUUCUUGAAGGGCCCAAAGGAGGUUUUGAGGUUCUUUAAUUCUAUACAACCUUUAUUGAUGGAAAGUCUUUACUCCGAAGGCUUCAGUGUUAGUUUGAGAGAUUUCUUUCUACCCCGGGAUGUUUUGGAGAGCAUCCAAGAAAAUAUUCAGAAGAUUUCUCCAUUGCUGUAUCAUUUGCGUGCUUCGUAUAGUGAAUCGAUUGAUUUGCAGUUGGACACUUACUUGCGCAGUAUGAAAAUUCCGGUUACUAAUUUUGUGCUUAAGUCUUCUGCAAUUGGCCACCUAAUAGAUUCAAAAAGUGAAUCGGCACUGAGCAAAGUGGUUCAGCAAAUUGGUUUCCUGGGGGUGCAAAUAUCGGACAAGGGGAAGUUCUAUUCUGAGAUGUUGGUCAAGGACAUGUCAUCUCUCUUCCAAAAGAAGUACCCUUCUUGUGAUGAUUAUCCCACUGAAGAAUUUGGCUUGGUUGGUAGACCUCUCUUUCGAGGACUGGACCCAUAUCAGGAAAUGGUUCAUUCAAUCUCAAGCAGAGAAGUAAUUGUCCGCUCAACCCGAGGAUUAACUGAACCUGGGACAUUAUUCAAAAAUUUGAUGGCCAUCCUUAGAGAUGUUGUGAUAUGUUAUGACGGUACUGUGAGAAAUAUGUGCAGCAAUUCAAUCAUCCAAUUUGAAUAUGGAGUUAGUAGUGCCAAUAUUGCGAGUGAGUUUUGUGCUGGUGAUCCUGUUGGAGUCUUAGCUGCAACUGCCAUGUCCAAUCCUGCAUACAAGGCUGUGCUGGAUUCUUCUCCAAGUAGCAACUCGUCCUGGGAAAUGAUGAAGGAGAUACUGCUUUGUGGAGUCAGCUUUAAAAAUGAUAUUUCUGACCGCCGGGUAAUUUUGUACCUGAAUAGUUGUGAUUGUGGCAGAAAGCAUUGCCAAGAGACUGCUGCACUCAUAGUCAAGAAUCAGUUGAAGAAAGUCAGUCUGAAGGAUACAGCAAUUGAAUUCCUCAUUGAAUAUAGAUCUCAAAUGGCACAUGACAGUACUGAGAUUGAUCCUGGCCUUGUUGGCCAUAUCCACCUGAACAAGACGCAGCUGAUACAAUCAAAUAUUAGCAUGCAUGGUAUUCUUGAACAAUGUCAAGAGACAAUCAGUCGGCAUCAGAAGAAGAAAAAAGUUGGAAACCUGUUCAAAAAAAUUGAUUUAUCGUUUAGUGAUUGUUGUUCCUUUUGCCAAUCUUCGAAAAGCAAAUGGACUGAUCUUCCAUGCAUCCAGUUCUCUUGGCAAGCACGUGGCGACCUUUUAGAGAGGGCUUCUGAUAUUCUUGCUGAUACAGUUUGCCCAGUCCUGUUACAGACAAUCAUUAAAGGUGAUCCUAGAGUUUCAACAGCGAAUAUAAUUUGGAUAAGUCCCGACACAGCAACCUGGAUCAGGAGCCCAUGCAAGAGCCCAAAGGGUGAAUUGGCUCUAGAUAUUAUCCUUGAGAAAGAAGCUGUUAGAAAGAGUGGAGAUGCAUGGAGGGUAGUGAUGGAUUCUUGCCUUCCAGUAAUCCAUUUGAUUGAUACACGACGUUCUAUCCCGUAUGCUAUAAAACAAGUACAAGAACUGCUGGGUAUUUCUUGUGCAUUUGAGCAGGCUGUUCAGCGUUUGUCUACAUCAGUGACAAUGGUAACAAAAGGUGUGCUCAAAGAUCAUCUCCUUCUGUUGGGUAAUAGCAUGACAUGUGCUGGAACUUUGAUUGGUUUUAAUGCUGGUGGUAUCAAAGCUUUGUCUAAAUCACUUAGUGUUCAAGUACCAUUCAUGAAUGCGACAUUAUUUACCCCUAGAAAAUGCUUUGAAAGAGCUGCUGAAAAGUGCCAUGUCGACAAUUUGUCAAGCAUAGUGGGUUCUUGUGCCUGGGGCAAACAUGUAUCAGUAGGUACUGGGUCGCCAUUUGAGAUUCUCUGGGACACUAGAAAGGCUGAGUUGAGCCCAGAUAAGGAAAUUGAUGUCUACAAUUUCCUUCAUCUGGUGAAUAGCAGCUCGAAGCCAGAAGAUAUGGCCACUAGUUGCCUGGGUGCAGAAAUUGAAGAUCUAGACCAGGAAGAUGAUUUUAUGGAAUAUGACCCGUCUCCUGUGCGAGAUCCUGGUCUAGAUAAGCCCACUUUUGAAGAUGGAAUUGAAUAUAGGCUCAAUGGAGAUGAUAAUGACGGCUUAUCUAAGGAGGACGCCAAGGAGCCUGAGGGUAGCUGGUCGUCCUGGACUAAGAAGGUUGACUUCGAAGAAAAUGAUUGGACAAAGAAGGCUGGACAAAGCACUUGGGAGAAAAAUGUUAAUACUGAGGAAAAUGACUGGACGAAAAAGCCUGAGCAAAGCACUUGGGGUAAAAAGGUUAAUUCUGAGGAAAAUGAUUGGAAUAAAAAGGUUAAUUCUGAGGAAAAUGAUUGGAAUAAAAAGCCUGAGCAAAGCACUUGGGGUAAAAAGGUUAAUUCUGAGGAAAAUGAUUGGACAGAAAAGCCCGAGCAAAGCACUUGGGGUAAAAAGGUUAAUUCUGAGGAAAAUGAUUGGACUAAUAAGCCUGAGGAAAGCACUUGGGGUAAACAGGUUGCUUCUGAGGAAAAUGACUGGAAAAAAAUGGGUGAACAAAGUGCUUGGGCUGAAGAAGCUCAAAAUGGCUCGGCUUGGGGGAAAAAGGUGGAUUCUGAUGUUGGAAGAGGUUGGGCAAAGAAAGAUGAGGAGAACAAGUGGGACAGAUCAGGUUCAAGUGAACGUCGUGGUCAGUCCAGUCACAGUAGGGAUUCCAACAAAGGGGGUUGGGGAAAGGCCAGUACACCUAAGACUAAUAAUCAGUCUAGUUGGGGCAGAGAUACUACCCAGGCAGAAUAUGUCUCUGCAGAAUCUCAAGAAGAUGGCUCGUGGUCAUCAGCUUCUGUUGCUCGGAGAGAGACAGCUCUGGAUGUAUCAUCUGAGCCUGCUGGUUGGAACAAAUUGGGAUCUGGUACAAGCUCUCUUGAGGUGUUAGACGAUCCCUGGGGGGCUAAAGUGGCUAAUCAAGCAACCCACUCAAAGCCUUCAAAUGCUUGGGGCUCUUCAAAAGAUGUGGGUAAGUUCGAUUCAGAGCCUGCCACAGAGCAAAAGAAAGAGUCUCCAUCCAAUAAUUGGAGUUCCAGUCAGAAACAAUUGAAUGACUCCACAGUUGAUAAGGUUUGGGGUUCUCCACAUGUUAAUACUCCCAGUGAAAAAGAUAUGCAGUCUCAGUGGGGGAAGAAAGGUUCUUGGGAAGCUAAAGUGGCUGAUCAAGCAAUCCAUUCAAAGCCUUCUAAUACUUGGGGAGCGUCAGAUGACUGGGGUAAGCUCGGUUCGCAGUCUCCCACUGGAAAAAAGAAAGAGUCUCCAUUCAAUAAUUGGGGUUCCAGUCAGGAACAACCAAAUGACUCCGUAGCUGUUCAGGGUUGGGGUUCUACAAAAGUAGACACAUCUGCUGAGAAAGAUGUGCUGUCACAGUUGGAAAAGGAAAAUCCCUGGGAUAAAGUAGGUGAUCAAGCAACCGAGUCAAAGCCUUCUAAUGCAUGGGGUUCUUCAGCUGACUGGGGUAAGGCUGAUUCACAGUCUCCCUCAGGACAAAAGCAAGAGUCUUCUUUCAAUAAUUGGAGUUCCAGGCAGAAACAAUCAAAUGAGACCACUGUUGGUCAGGGUUGGGGUUCCCCAAAGGUUGAUAAUUCCAGUGAGAAAGAUGUGCGGCCUCAGUGGGGUCGCGGCAAGGGUCGGGGAUGGGGUCGUGGUGGACGCUCCAGAGAAAGUUCACAAGGUAGGGGCUUCACUAAUGAUGGAGAAUGGAAGAACAAGAAACCUCGUGCUGUUGAUGAUCCCAAUGCACCGGCCCUUUUCAGUGUAACAAGGCAGCGUUUGGACUCAUUUACAGUUGAAGAACAAGAUGCUCUUUCAGAGAUUGAACCAAUUAUGAAGAACAUCAGAAAAAUAAUGAAUCAGACGGGGUACAAUGAUGGUGAUCCUUUAUCUACGGAUGAUCAGACAUACAUUAUCGAUAAUGUGUUCAGUUAUCAUCCUGACAAGGCGUUAAAGAUGGGAGCUGGAAUAGAUUAUAUCAUGGUCAGCAGACAUGGAGAGUUCCAGGACAGUAGGUGCUUCUAUGCUGUUUCUGUUGAUGGCAGCAAAGCAGAUUUCUCCUACCGUAAAUGUCUGGAGAACUUCAUCAAGGGAAAGUAUCCUGACAAGGCCGAAGCUUUUAUUACUAAAUACUUCAAAAAGUCACAACCUCGUGCUGGCUGGAACCGGGAUCGGCCUCCUCGAAGUGAAGCUGGAACCCCCAGCUGGAAUAGGGACUCCACUCCUGCUCCAGACGAAGCUGGAACGCCAUUGUGGAACAGGGUUCAAACUCCAGUCCCAGACACUCCCGGCUGGAAUAGGGACUCCACUCCUGCUCCAGACGAAGCUGGAACCCCAAUGUGGAACAGGGUUCAAACUCCUGUCCCAGACGAUACUGGUACUCCUGGUUGGAACAAAGAUGAGAGUCCUGUUGCUGAUGAAGCCAAAGCUCAGACUCCUGCUGCCGAAGAAGCCAAAGCUCAGUCUCCUGCCUAAACAUAAAUUAUUAGCAAGUAAAAGGAACAGCUGAUUUUUUUCCAUUUUAGUUGCUGUUCUGGUGUUUAUUUUGGCUGGGGCUGUAGUUAUAGUUCCUACUUUCAAGUAGUGGAUGAUGAUGUACAGUGGCUUUAAGCAUUGGGUGGAACCUUUAGGGACUGGAUUAUGUAUGAAAAAAUUGUUCUAAUU